GCUGGGGAACAUGGCAAAGAAGGCGGCGACGAACGCUAGCUCUGCGACGGCGCCAGCACCGCUUCCAUCCAAGGCCGACGACAGUGUGGCGGAGCUCGAAAAGACGCUGCGUGCCGAGCGACAGAAACUGACGUUAUUUCGACGCCCGCUGUCGGUGCUGUACCACUUUUCCAUCGUGCUCAAGGAUUUCGUUCGAUGGGCGAUCGUGGCGCUUGCAACGCACCCCCUGACACUGUUCCUGGCGCUGCCGCUCGUGUUGCUGUGGAUCGGCCUCUCCAACACACCGGGCGAACACCACGUGUACUUGGACGAGUUCAACACGAAUGUCGAGUACGUUGUGUGGUGGGUAGGCCUCGGCGUGCUGUCUAGCGUUGGCCUCGGCACCGGCAUGCACUCUGGCAUUCUGUUCCUGUUCCCGCACAUCUUUCUGGUCGUGCAAGGCGCUGAAUUUUGCAAGUCGACCGACUUCGACACGCGCCACCACACGUGGUUCCGUUCAUUCGAGACGAACUGCGGGUCGUCGACCGGCGCGGACGUGACAUUCGUCUCGAUGUUCACCAAGGUCGCAGUCGCGUCGAUGCUGUGGGGUGCAGGGACCGCGUUGGGCGAGAUUCCGCCGUACGCGCUGUCGUACGCGGCGAGUGUGGCCGGGAAGCGCAACGAAGAGUUUGAGGACAUUCAGACGUCGUCUUCCGAGUACAACGCGCUGAACCACAUGAAGGAGUGGAUGAUCUCGUUUUUGCAACGCCAUGGAUUCUUUGGCGUGCUGCUCAUGAGCGCGUGGCCGAACAUGGCGUUCGACUUGUGCGGGAUCUGCUGCGGCCAUUUUCAAAUGCCGUUCUGGACGUUCUUCGGCGCGACGUUGAUCGGGAAGGCGCUGAUCAAGGCCAACUUGCAAGCGAUGUUCUUCGUCACCAUCUUCACCGACGCCACGCUUACGGAGAUCGAAAAGUUCAUUGCGGCCAUCACCCCCGAGUCGUGGGAGCUCGAUCAAAAGGUCGCCCAGUUCCUGCUCGAGUGCCGCCACAAGUUUCACGCUGUGGCUGACAAGGCCAAGGUCGACCACGCGGCGGAAGGCGCCGCGGCCGACAGCAGCUCUCUCAUCUCGCAGGCCGGCGGGUUCAUCAUGGUGGCGUUCAUGGCGUACUUUGCGAUUUCGUGCAUUGAGCAGUUUGCCCAACAGCACGCUGCCGACGAAGACGAGAAGACUGUCGAGAAGGCCAAGAAGAAGUAAUUGGCACAUUUCUAUAGAGGAUACACGAUCGUUCGCCACGACGAUGAAAUAUGACAAAGGGGGUGAAUGUGUGUGUGUGUGUGGAUGUGGGCAACCCACAGAUCGUGAUGACGUCGAGGGAACUAGCAAUCGAG